AAAUCGUAAGAAUCAAACCGGCUGAACCCAACCCUGUGAUAUGUAAAGAACGUAAUGUGUCAUUUUUCACGUGUUACCAUAUAUUUUUGGUAAAAGGACAAGAUAGUAAAAAAAACCAUAAGGAUACGAACAAGGAGUAUUAAAAGUUUGUUAUCCUUUUGUAAUAAUGUCUGGAACAUUGAAACCUUAUCUUAUGGCGGUGAGACGUACUCUCACAGCUGCUAUGUGUCUUGAAAACUUUUCUUCCCAAAUAGUAGAAAAGCACAAUAAGCCUGAAGUUGAAGUUAGAGCAAGCAAAGAACUUUUGUUAACACCUAUUUUGAUUAGCAGAAACGAUAAGGAAAAAGUAUUAAUAGAAUCAAGUAUAAAUAGUAUGAGAAUAAGUAUUGCUGUUAAACAGGCAGACGAUCUCGAGAAGAUUCUAUGUCAUAACUUCACAAGAUUUAUGACUAUGAGAGCAGAACAUUUUAUGAUACUCAGGAGGAAACCUAUAGAGGGUUAUGAUAUUAGUUUUCUUAUCACAAACAUCCACGUAGAACAAAUGUAUAAACAUAAGAUAGUAGAUUUUGUGAUUCAUUUUAUGGAGGAAAUUGAUAGAGAGAUCAGUGAAAUGAAACUAUCUAUGAAUGCUAGAGCUCGUAUAUGCGCGGAAGAAUUUUUGAAGAGGUUCUAAUUUGUGGAGUAUGGGUUGUUAUUGGAAGAGCGAUAAAUAUAAUCUGUAAAUGAAAAGCCGUUGAAGAAAGCACUUAAAAUUUUCUCCGAAUACCAAUAUUAGUAAAAAUCAUAAAUGUUAUAAUAAUUUACUCGAGAUGGUACCUUAUUCAACAAAAAUAUCUUAAACUCUGAUUCAAUUUCACAAACUAAAUUUUAUCAGAUCGAAUCUAAUAUAAAAAUAAGCGUAAGUAUUAAAGAAUUUUAAUUUGUUAUUGUAACAAAAGAAAUUAAGAAAGGAUUUGGGAUAAAGAUAUACAUGCAAAAAGAAAAAGGAAAUAUAUAGAUCAAUUUAAGAAGCGAAAAGAAAAAACUCGAGACACUUUCUUGGAGAAGUGAUAAAGCUGCGAAGAUUCUUCGACUGAUUUUUUCCGAAUUUAUGGAUAUUAUAUUGUCUGCUUGUAUAUUUUUUACAAUAAUACAUUAAUAGGGAAGUAUUCAUAGAUCAUAGGCACAUCGAUUAACAUUUACAACAAUCUUCCGAUCUUCUCUCAGAAGUAUGAACAUAGAUAAUCGUGUUAGUUAAUAUAAAACUUUCUGUACACUACUUGUAAUUUUAUACCGUUAAGUAUCAUAUUCGUCUAAGGGCGAAGGAGCUAUUAUAAGGAUAGCUAGAAUGAAAAUUGCACUAAAUAAUGGAAAGAUAUAUAAUAUUUGCGAGUGGGUUCCUCUGACGCACGAUCCUGAAAGACUACGUGUGUUGAAACGUUAGUAUACUUAAUAUCAAUAAAAUUAACGUCCAUCGAUAAUUAUAUUGUAACGCGUCGAAGAACUGCCAAACAUUAUUUAGUAUAACAGGAGGAAGGGACUGUAACUAACUAUAAUUAUCCUAAUAACAUUGCGAUAAAUGCUAAAGAGUUAAUAAGAAUUAUUAAUUGUAUCUAAUGUAAUUAACAAUUACGGAAAAUUAUUCUUUAAUCUUAAUAUCGCGUGAAUAAGAUUUAACGCAAUAAGGGAUAUACAUAUUAUCCUCUUUAUUAUUAAUCGUAUUAUGUAUUUUCUUUGCAUUUCUUCUUUUAAAUCCCGUCAUCGUCGUCAUCGCCUUCGUCGCCGCCACUGCUUCGUUUUUAAUAUGAAAUUUUGAACUUACAACGACAUUUUCGACGUCACUGAGUUAAAAAAAAUUAAAAAGGAUAUAUAACAAAGUAUAUUUUUCACCGAUUCAGACACGUAUAUGUAUAUUAUUUAAUUGUUAGACAUAGAAUUUAUUACGCGUUGAUCCGAAGCGUGGAUAUUUGAAAGAAAGGGGAUGAUAUUUUUCAACAAAAAAAAGAAAAAAGAACAAAAAAACCAAAAAAAAAGAGAUUAAGAAGACAAAAGAAAAGGAACACGAAAAAAAUA